GCAGGUGGGACGAAGAAAGGCGCGCUUUCCGCACCGAUAGCUAGGGGCUCAGGCUGUCCCAGGGCCGCUGCCCUCACGUCUGGUUCCGGUGCUGCGUUCGGUCGCCGGAGGAAGCCACGCGACCCGCGGAGGCCUCGGCUGGACUGUGGGAGUUGCAGCGUCCAGGGGGCAGAGAUGCCAACUGGCAAACAGCUAGCCGACUUCGGCUACAAGACCUUCUCCACUUCCAUGAUGCUCCUCACCGUGUACGGGGGCUACCUGUGCAGUGUCCGAGCCUACCACUAUUUUCAGAAGCGCAGUUCCCGGCGCCAGGCUGCAGAAGAACAGAAGACCUCGGGAGUCCUAUAGAGAUGGGGGGCUCUCCCCUGGGGUUGAGACGCCUGAGGCAUGCUGCGGAAAGACCUUGCCUGCAACCAGUCCCAAGUUGAGACGAGGGCCGCGAUGGUUUUCCAACACUGCUGAAAGCAAGCCGCCCGGGCUUCCUCUGCUCCUGCCAGCUUGUGAAGGCUGUCUGAUCACUGCAGGACUGUGGGAGGUGAAUCUGCAGGCAUUAAACAUUUUCUCAUGCCCGUG